AUGGCACUCGACCCCUCCCUACUCUUGGCCGUCUCUGCCCUGUCGCUCGCCAUCAUUCUCCUCCGCCGACUCGUGAAAGGAUCGACAGUCCAUUCUCCUCCUCUCCUUGCCAGCUUCCCACCAGGGCCUCCCACACUCCCACUUCUUGGCAACCUACACCAGAUCCCCCAGGACUAUGGCUACUUGACGUACGCCGACUGGGCCCGCAGCACCGCCGCCUCGUCAGACGGCCUCUUGGGCCUGAAGAUUGGGCCUACCGCCCGUAUCGUCAUCCUCAGCCGCUGGCGCCAAGUCCGCGACCUGCUCGACGCGCGUGGCGCCAUCUACUCGAGCCGGCCUCGCCUGCCUGCCGCUGAAUAUGUCCUCCCGCCGCCCGGCGACAUCCACCCUGCCUUUUUGGCCUACGGUCCCAAGUGGCGUCGCACUCGCCGCGCCGUCACCGAGUUCAUGAAGGAAGACGCGCUCGAGAAACUCCUGCCGAUUCAGGACGCCGAGACCACGCAGCUCAUGUGGGACCUGCUUCAGGACAGCAGAAAUAGCAGCAGCCCGGUCGACGACGGGAGAUACCAAGACCACGCGUUACGCGCCUUCGCCGGUAUCAUCCUCGCCAGCGAGGACUGGGCUGCCAUCCUGGCCGGUGGUGCCUUUCCGCCACUCGACGUCUUCCCCUGGAUCCGGCACAUCCCAGAUGUGCUCACACCCUGGAGUGGCUGGAGGGCCCGUGCCGCCGACGUUCGCCGCCGCCAGCAGGGGCUCUACGAGGAGCUGUAUGCCGAGACUCUCGAGCGGGUUAGGGGUGGCAAGGGCCGAGACAGCUAUUUUGCAAGGUUGAUCGGAGAGCAGGAAAAGGCUGAGCGUGACGAGAAGGACAAGGAAGCCUUCACCCAGCUGGAAAUGACUUAUCUUGCUGGUUUUAUGCUCGAAGGCGGCUCCGACACAACGGCCAUGGCGUUCUUGACUCUUGUCUUGGCCAUGGCUGCGUUCCCGGAAAUACAGAAGGAAGCCCAGGCCGAGAUCGACUCUGUGCUCGGGGCUGAAAGUAUGCCACACUCGGUCGCCGGCAAAGAGCUUCCUUUUCUCAGAGCUUGUUUCCUCGAGUCACUGAGAUGGCGCCCAGGAUUCACAAUGGCUAUCCCGCACACGACGACUGCUGACGACGCUUACAAGGGAUACUUUAUUCCCAGGGGCACCACAGUACUGAUCAACACCUGGGCCAUCCACCAUGACCCCGACGAGUACGAGGAGCCGGACGAGUUUCGGCCCUCGCGGUUCCUAGCGAACAGGUUCGGUGCCAAAGAAAGCAGAUCCAACGAGAACAACGAAAACGAACAAGGAGAAGCACAAAGUGGUACCGGAGCUUCCUCGCUGCCACUCGCGCCGGGAGAAGCUGAGAAGGACAUGAAGGGGCGAAGGGAAUCCUACGCCUUUGGGGCCGGUCGCAGGCUGUGCCCCGGCCAGAAGAUGGCCGAGAUGAGCGUUAUGCUCAGCAUGGCCAAACUCCUGUGGGCCUUCGACAUGCGAAGCGCUGGGCAACCGCUCGACACGGACGUGCGCACUGCUUUCACGAACUCGAUACUCAUGGGGCCCAAGAAGUUUCCUGUCGUGUUUGCGGUCCGCAGCGAGGCGAAGGCUCAGGUGAUACGGGAUGAGUGGAAGAGGGCAGAUGCUUUCUUGGCUCGGUUCGAAUGA